AUGUCCAUACUAUCGAGAGUAUCGCCCUUUACGCAACUCGUAUACGCCCGCGCAGUCAUCCUGCUCCUCCUGUGCGGCGAGUUGGUGUCUGCCGGCAGACUGACGCAUUCCCAUGAUUUCGCGAAGAGGACGUAUAAAUAUGGCCAGGGCGUGCCAGUAACCGAUUCCUCGGGCAAACUCCAAUACAUCCCUUUCCCCACUUGCAACGAAACCUCCGCUCCGCUCUCCUUGCGCUACGGUGUCUCCGAAACUGUAACCUGCACCAUCGACUCCCUCCCGGACACCCUCUACCACCUCUUUGAAUACUACGUCCACUCCGACGCCCCGCUGGCAUGUCGCGUGCCCACCGUCCCACUCCUCGAGCCCUCGAAACAUUUCGACCCUGGCGCCACGGGAGAAGGUAGCCACGAUGCGUUUAUGGAGGGCGGUGCUCCAGCACCAUUUACGCCGUUGACGAUUGCGCUGCAAGGGACGCUGCAGAAAAGUCAUUUGCAUGUUUGGUCGGAUAUGAAUGUUUUGAUUCAUAGGUCGGCGGACGGGAGCAAGAAGAGGAAGACGGGGAAUAAGGCGAAGAAGAUGCGGGGACAGAUUGUUGCGGGCGCGGCGUAUUCGAUUCCCUCGGUCGAUGUGGUGAUGGAGGCGGAUAGGAAGAAGAGUGGGGAUGAGAAGAUGGAGGUUGGAGAUGUGCGUGUUCCCUGGGACCCGUGGAAGGCGGGAGAAGGUGCAAAGGUUCUACGUGGUGAGCCGUUGACAUUCAAGUUUCAUGUUGGCUGGGUUCAGGAGACGAAUGUUUCUGGGCUGGGGAUGUCGCAGGGUUCCAAUAUGACGCUCUCCGAAUUUGUGUAUAACUCCCUUUUGUUUGUGGGCGCCGGAUGUUUGGGAGCAGUCGUUGCUCUGUGGUGGGACCAUUAUAAGCGGAGACGGAGUAGCCUGUGGAAUGGCGAUGGACUCCUGGGCCAUCCUGUCGGGCAAGGCGGAUUUUUCGGUCGAAAAAGCCGUGGGGUGUCAAUAAACUUAGGAAAUGGAGGAAAAGCGAAUGGAUACGGAGGGUACGGAUUCAAUGGCAAGAAUGGGGCAAACCAGGGCUACGGAGGAUAUUCAAGCGGAAAACGAGAUUGAUUGGCAAAUUUUGGAGAUUCUUUGUGAAUGUUUCCUUUUAACAAAUA